UCUAUUAAUGGCGGGGAUGCCCCGCUGCCGCCUCCGUGGCCGCCGAGAGCCCCCUUGGGAGGAGCAUGCAAUGCUCGCCGAGCCUGGUGGCGGCCCUCAGCUCCCUGCUGUUGGCCGUGGGGCUGCUGCAACUGUGGCGAAACCGCCACCGGCCCAUUGGCUACGGGAAGCACGAAAACCAGCAGCAGCGGAAACCGCACGAAGAGGAGGGGGGCAAGGACGGUGCCGAGAAGCCGCCGUUGCCGCUUCCGCGCCGCGGCCACCUGCCCGCCCGCUGCGCCUGGUUCCUGCAAGAGCUGCCCGCUUUCCUGGUUCCCGCGCUCCUGCUGGCGCUGCGCAGCCCGCCGCGCUUGGCGCCUCUGGGCUGCAGGCUGCUGGGCGGCAUGUUCUGCGGCCACUACUUCCACAGGACAUUCAUUUACUCAUUCUUCACAAGAGGUAGGCCUUUCCCUCUGAAGACAAUGUUUUUUGCUGUGCUGUUCUGUACCUAUAAUGGCUUUCUUCAAGGUUACUACAUGAUUUACUGUGCUGAAUACCCAGAUGACUGGUGCAACGACAUAAGAUUUACAUCAGGCAUAGUGUUGUUUUUGUUUGGCAUGGGAAUCAAUAUUCACAGUGAUAUCCUUCUACGCCAGCUAAGAAAACCUGGAGAGCUCACUUACAAAAUUCCACAAGGAGGUCUGUUUGCAUAUGUAUCAGGAGCAAAUUUCUUUGGUGAGAUACUGGAAUGGUUUGGCUAUGCUGUAGCGACCUGGUCCCUCCCAGCCUUUUCCUUUGCGCUUUUUACACUUUGCUGCAUUGGGCCACGUGCUUACCACCACCAUAGGUACUAUCUUAGGAAGUUUACCAGCUAUCCAAAAUCAAGAAGAGCCUUGAUUCCUUUUAUAUUCUAGAGAUCAAUUAUCUGGGCUUUUUGGGGGGAGGGUCGCAGUGUGUUAUUUGUCUUUUUAUUGUUGAACUAUUAGUAGUAGUAGUAGUAGUAGUAGUAGUAAAAUGCUAAUGUGACUUUCAAAGAGGAAGAUUCUGAAAUAGUAUAAUAUUGCCAUGCAUUGAGAGUUGUUGCUGGAGAGAAGUAAUUUAUCCACAUUCUACCAAUAGUAGAGUCUUAAGGCUAAACUAUAAGUAGCAGACGGUUAUGUGACUUUUCUUCAAAAUUUUGUUUAAACAAAAAAAGCAGGCAUGGGGAGGGGGCUGCAAUUUUGAGCAGUACACAAACAGUAUGGGGAGGUACUUAACCCUUUCCCCUGUACCAUUUUUCUACUCAGGAUUGCCUUGUUGUAAAUGGUUUUUCUCCCUGCAAGAAAAGGACGUGGUAUUCUUGCAUCUUUUCUCCUGUGGGUGAGAAAGCAGCUUUUGAGUUAUCCUAUCCUGACCACAAACAGGAGAGCAUGGAUACUAGGAUGCAGCAGAGGUGGAAGCAGACCCAGCCUUGGCACUUUGGACUGGAAUCACAGGACCUCAGAUAGCUUUGAGUUGGCAACGUGCUCCUAACAAGGUCAACUGAGGCCUUCUAUUCACCUCACAGGUUCCACCCCAUACCUGAAAACUGAAGAGGCUUAAAGGGUAGUCCUCGACCCUGGACUCGACCAUCAGUGGAGGGUGGUGUUUCCGAUGUCAGUGGGGCAGUGAAUCCCCCCCAAGUUUCAGUCAGAACCAGUUAGAACGGGUGCAAAGCAGAGUUCUGACUGGUUCUAACUGAAACCUGGAGUGGAUUCAGUGCCCUAUUGACAUUAGAGCCACCAGACUCCCCUGCCUACCAUUCUGUCACCUCUCAGUCAGUUCCCAUGUUGUACAUUGCCUGUGCUGAUAAGGAGGAACUGGGGGGCAUGAGGCCUCCGCUGUAAAGGGGCCCAGUGCUGAGAGUGCUAGUUCCUUGGCUUGAGGGGUUCCUGACUAACAGCCUUAGACUUGAAGGUGUGGAACCCUGGCCCAGCCUCAGUGUCAGGGCCUGGAUUCUACACCUCUGGGACUUGUACCAUUAGUUCACCUGAUCCAUCUGGCUCUGCUUCCUUUCUGUCAGAGUCCUGGCCACUGCUCAGGGUCAUAACAUAGGGGCAGGAUUUUCAAGAGAUAAAUAGCAGGGAGGGAAAGAAUUAUGUAGCCAUCCACCACCACCAUCCCCAGUUCCCCACUCAUUUUCACACAGCUGCUUUUCAUUAGAAAAAUAAGGACAGCAACAUUGGAAAGAAGAAUCAUAAGUCACCUGUAAUUUGGCCCUUCUAGUGAGAAGAAUAGCUGUCCAUCAGCCAGUUAUUCAGCAAUUGGUUUCAUCCUGCCAACAUUUCAAAGGUUGCCAGUCAGCGGUGCUGCUUUUUGCUUAGGAGGAAUGACUGAACUUUCAUUUCUGUACUUGACACUGCAGGAGGCAUCUUAUUUUGGAAUCUUCUGUUGUGGGGGGUGGGGGGACAGGGACACCCACAAUCUUUUUAGCUUCAACCCUUCUAUUCUGCUCCUGUGUUCCUUCCCAUAAAGAUCAUGAAAAACAGUAAAGCUUGAUUCCAAGAGCUCUUGAUGACAGGAAUACCUUUUCAUAUAUAUUUUCUCUCUGCUGGAUUGUUGUUGGAACUAAUUAUGAUCAAGAGGGGGCUGUAGUGUUCCAAAACUGCACAAAUAAUUUAAUUGGCCAUGUAUGUCGCUUCCUUGUAAAACAUGGUUCAUGAACUGAAUAUGAAAUCAAAUAAAUAAUGAAUCAGUAACUGAA